AUGACGACAGUACCAUCACUAACUGACUCGGCCGCGCCGACGACGACAGUCGCGGCGACAACAACGGCUGCGAUCACGGCUACCGGCACGUUGUUACCGGUAGCGCUGAUGACGCCGUUUGUGCAGCUGGGCAGCUGCAGCGACAUCUUCUCGACGACGAGCUUUUUCGUCGGCGCAAGCGGUGUCGCAGACGAGUACAUCACGGUGGCCGUGUCCGAUGCCAACGACCCGCGGUUCACGGCGUGCAUGCCUUUGGGCUGGGGCGACCUGGCAGCGACGCGUCGUUUUGAGUUUAGCCGGGCGGUGUGUCCAUCCGGCUGGACGGCGUACAACCUGCAAUCGACGGCGCUGACGACGGUCCUGUCCGGCACAACGUCGUAUGCAGGGUUGACAACUGCCUAUUGCUGUGCCAGCAACUACCACCUUGGCUGGUUCGACAGUGUGAAAGACCUGCACAACGCCAGCCUCGCCAGCAUGCAGAGCCCCGCGUGCAUCCAGACGCUUGGCCCGGCCACAGCCACGACCGACAACGAGGGCUGGACAACGACGACCAGGACGACGACAGCACCCAUCACGAGCGUGCUGGUGCAAAACGCGUGGCACAUCUCGUGGCAGACGACAGACGUUCAGCACCUGACGCCGUCGCCGCCACCAUGGCCAUGCAGCGACAACUACGGCUAUCCGACGUGGGUGCCGACGGUAUCCAUCACGCCGGAGCCCAGCUGCAAGGACGGCCACUAUGUGGACCACUCCUUCGACGCGUUGGCACGCUUCUUGUACAUUGGGCUACCGAUCAUCUGCGCAGCUGUGCUGUUGGGCUGUUGUGCCUGCUUCUACCGCGCCGGCCGUUUAGGCGGGGCGCCGCGCCGGCGGCGAAUGCAGGCCCGGGCAGAGCGUGCGGCGCGGGCGGCGCAGGCAAGGGAGGACCAGCAGGCGCUACAGGGGGCGCGCACAGCAGAUGCCACAGACGCAGGGGACAGCAUCCCGCUGAAGGCAAAGCCGUAG